UUUGUAAUAAUCUUUCUUUCCCUUUCUCUCUCCUUCUCUGAGCUCCCUGAACUCCGAAAAAACAACAACCCAGAUUUUCUCGCGAAAACAAAAUAAAAAAACACAACUCAAAAAUAAAAGGGGAGAAAAUUAAGGGCAAAAAAUAAUCGAAAUUCUAGGGUUUGCACUUUUCCCCCAAAAUUAUCGCAGCUCAAAAAAUUCGGAGGAGAGAGAUUAUUAAGGUUUAGAGAAAAUUUAGGGUGAUUCUGAGAAGAGAUCGUAGCCGUUGGAUUUGAUUGAAGUGUUAUCUGAUAGUCAACGGAUCUGCCGUUGUUUUGUUCAGAUCGGAGAUAAAUUCGGCGGUGUAUGGUUUGAUUUUGAAGGGCCAACCCAUCAACUAUCGAAGUUUGUUGGUUUAGGAGAGAUAAGAUAUGGCACUUAGGAAAGCAGUGGGGCAACUGAAGGACCAAACGAGUAUUGGUCUCGCGAAAGUAAGUAGUGACAUGGCUCCUGAGCUUGAGGUAGCCAUUGUCAAGGCGACGAGCCAUGAGAACGAUCCGGCGGAUGAGAAGUAUUUAAGGAGAAUUCUCACUUUUACCUCCUACAAUCGUAUGUAUGUGAACACUUGUAUAACUUCGAUCUCGAGGAGGCUUGGAAAGACCAGGGACUGGGUUGUGGCUUUGAAGGCGUUAAUGUUGGUGCAUAGGCUGAUGAAUGAUGGGGACACUGUUUUCCAACAAGAGAUAUUGUAUGCAACUCGAAGGGGGACUAGGCUGUUGAAUAUGUCGGAUUUUAGAGAUGAGGCUCACUCUAAUUCAUGGGAUCAUUCUGCUUUUGUGCGGACUUUUGCUUUGUACUUGGAUCAGAGGUUGGAAUUGAUGUUGUUCGAGAGGAAGCAAGGUGGUAAGGAGAGCAAUGGCGGGGGAAGUGGUGGUCAUGGUGGGGAGAUGGUUAAGUAUGAGCCGAGGGAUGACAGAUUCCGGUCACCGCCGAGUCGGUUUGAUUAUGAUUAUGGGGAGUUCAAGAGUGAGCCUAGUAUGAGGAGGACUAGGUCAUUUGGUGAUGUUGGUGAAUCGAACGGCCGGGAAGAAGAAAAGGCCAUCACUCCUUUGAGGGAUUGGACGCCUGAGAGGAUUUUUGCAAAGAUGGGUCACCUGCAGAGGCUUUUGGAUCGUUUCUUAGCAUGCCGGCCUACUGGAAUGGCAAAGAACAGCAGGAUGAUACUUGUUGCACUGUACCCUGUUGUGAGGGAAAGUUUCAAGCUUUAUGCUGACAUCUGUGAGGUUCUAGCUGUUUUGCUGGACAAGUUCUUUGAUAUGGAGAAUUCAGACUGUGUUAAGGCUUUUGAUGCUUAUGCUAGUGCUGCAAAGCAGAUUGAUGAGCUUGUGGCCUUUUACAACUGGUGCAAGGACACUGGUGUAGCGAGGUCAUCAGAGUUUCCGGAAGUUCAAAAGAUCACCGAUAAACUCCUUGAAACUUUAGAGGAGUUUGUAAGGGACAGAACUAGGAGGCCAAAGAGUCCUGAGAAAAAACCAGAGCCUGAGCCAGCACCGAAAGAGGAGGAACCAGUGCCUGAUAUGAAUGAAAUAAAAGCACUACCUGCACCAGAGGAACCCACUCCACCACCUCCACCCGCACCAGAACCUGAACCAAAGCAGGUAACUGGAGACUUGCUUGAUCUAAGGGAGGAGGGAGAAACUGCUGAUUCUCAGGGAAAUAAGUUUGCAUUAGCUUUAUUUGCUGGACCCGCUGAGAAUGGAAAUGGGUCAUGGCAAGCAUUCGACAGUAAAGAAGGAAUAACCUCUGCAUGGCAAAACCCAGCUGCUGAACAGGGGAAGGCAGAUUGGGAGCUGGCUUUAGUGGAAACAGCCAGCAACCUCACAAAACAGCAGACAGCUAUGGGUGGUGGAUUAGAUCCUUUGCUUUUGAAUGGUAUGUAUGAUUCAGGAGUGGUGAGACAACAUGUAACAGCUACCCAUGUGAGCGGAAGUGCCAGUAGCGUUGCAUUGCCCGGGCCUGGAAAAACCACGACACCAGUUUUGGCACUCCCUGCUCCUGAUGGUACAGUUCAAACAGUGGGUGGAGACCCGUUUGCUGCUUCUUUGACUAUUGCACCCCCUGCAUAUGUACAAAUGGCUGACAUGGAAAAGAAACAGCAUUUGCUUGUGCAAGAGCAGGUGGUCUGGCAACAAUAUGCCAACAGUGGUAUGCAUGGUCAAGCUACUUUGAACAAGAUCGGCGGGCCUGGCUAUUACACUCCGGGAACUUCAACAAUGAUGCCUGCUGCUCCUCCAAUGAUGCCAUAUGGAAUGCCACCACAUGGGAUGAUGUCCCCACCAACUGGUUAUUACUAUAACCCCAUCUGAUUUUGUGCCUAUAUGUGUAGCUGACCCUUUUUUUCUCUUUUCCAUUUGUUAAAAUCUUUCUUGUGAUUUCUAUGUUCAUUGUAUCACUUAUAUGUGAUCCUAUGUUCACUUCUUCUCCGUAGAUGAGUGCGGGUUGGGGAUGAGGGUGGUAACGGAGCAGAAUGAUAUGUAAUUUCCUUAGGGCGGAGGUUGAUUCUGGGGGGCCAUUGUCUUGUAGUAUUGUGCCUCUAUUUUGUACUAUCAAAAUUUUCUUGGACGUAUAAUACGUGUGAACAACACUUUUAUCCAUCGACUCCCUAAGCUGAUGAAACUUUGUAAUCUUCUUUGUCUACUAAAGGACAUUUUGUAUGAGGCGUCGAUGAAUCUAGUACUUUAGUGAUAAACCAUGAUCAUCAUCUUGUAUUCUUGACAAACAAUUAGAAGUAUUAUAAUUUGUCCUGCA